CCAAUGGCCAUCACACUUCAAACAAAUAAAAACCCUAUUAAGACACAAAAACAUUUCAUCAACUUACCACAACUGAACAACACCAAACAACAAUAUGCCUACCCUCAAAAAGAAGCUCAUCCCCACCACCACCACCACCGUCAGCCUCGGCUGCGGCAGCGGUUGCCGGAGAAUCAAUCUUUCCAAGAUUUUCAACCCAAAACCCUACAAACACAAACGCAGCAGCUUCUAUUCAAACGUCCACAACCACCGUGACUCCUCCCCAGUAUCAGCCUCCACAUCAUGGACCGCCACCACCACAACCACCACCACCACCACCACUGCUGACACAUUGUCACCAAAUGGUUCGGACACCACGGGUCAGGUGAGGAGCGUGCAAGGGUUUGGGUGGCUCGGUGGCAACAGUCUGGCAGUUGAAAAGGAUUCUAGUGACCCUUAUGUUGAUUUUAAGGACUCUAUGUUGCAGAUGAUAAUGGAGAAGGAGAUAUAUGGGAAAGAUGAUCUUCAGGAGCUUCUCAACUGUUUCUUGCAGCUGAAUUCUCCAUAUUAUCAUGCUAUUAUCAUAAGAGCUUUUACUGAGAUUUGGAACAAUCUUUCAAACUAAGUGCAUGAGGAAAUGGUUAAUGAUUGAUAAUGCAUAUGCAAAUGGUUUCAUGUAAGAUUAAUAUAUAAUUAGUUAGCUAGCUAGCCUUCCUUUUCAAAAGAUUAAGGUUUUUAGGGAUAUUAUAUUGUAGUUUGUAGAUUUUGAUUAAAGCUUUUAAAUUAUUGUAAUGUUAUGAUGCUAUUGGGCUAAUGUUAAGUGGAAACUGAUUAGUGGGGUUGAAGUAAUAACAAGAUGCUCAAGUAUUUGUUUUAA